UACAGAGGUCUCCCUGUCCUGGACAGACAACACCAACUCUCCUCUGCAGAGAAGGCUAAUCAGUUACUCUGAAGAAAAUUAUAACACGGGUGGAUUGAUCAGAAAACAGAUCCCGACUUGCUUUGAAGAGGCCAGGGAAGAUUGCUGAAGAUUUAUUUUUUAUAUAUAAAGUGCAAAAGAAAAAAUGUCCUUUGGGAUGAAUAAAUUGAGCUGUUUCCUCUGCUUUUCAUUCUUCUACUGGACUUCAGCUCUGCAGUGUAGUGGGCAGUGCAGCUGCCCCAGCACCCCGCCCCAGUGCUCCCCAGGUGUGAGCCUGGUGCCCGAUGUCUGCGGCUGCUGCAGGGUGUGUGCCAAGCAGGAGGGCGAGGUCUGCUCCGAGAGGGAUGUCUGUGACCCCCACAAGGGGCUUCAUUGUGACUUUACCUCCUCAGUCAAGCCGACAACUGGAGUCUGCAUAGGUAAAGAAGGUGCCAAGUGUGUGUUCAAGGGUGUGGUGUACAGGAGUGGAGAGUCCUUCCAGAGCAGCUGCAAAUACCAGUGUACUUGCCUGAAUGGGGCAGUAGGCUGUGUGCACCUCUGCGGCAUGAACAUCCGCCUGUCCAGCCCAGACUGCCCCUCACCACGCCGCGUCAAGGUGCCCGGGAAGUGCUGCGAGGAGUGGGUGUGUGACCCCAUCCGCAGCCACCACAGUUUCCUUGGCCCGGCCCUUGCAGCAUACAGAGAGGAGGAGACCUAUGGACAGGAUGACAAGCUAUCGAGGGGCAACUGCCUGCUCCAAGCCACUGAGUGGAGUGCCUGCUCCAAGACCUGUGGCAUGGGCGUCUCCACACGUGUCACCAAUGACAACAGCGAGUGCCGGCUAGAGAAACAGUCCCGGCUCUGCAUGUCCAGGCCAUGUGGCUUACACAUGGAGCAGAGCCUUAAGAAUGGAAAAAAAUGCCUUCGUAGCUUCCAAGUCUCCAGGCCAAUGAUGUUUGAGUUCUCUGGAUGCACAUCUGUUAAGUCCUACCGGCCCAACUUCUGCGGCGGUUGCACAGAUGGUCGCUGUUGUGCGCCCCACAAAACUGCCACUCUCCCUGUGGAGUUCAAGUGCCCCGGCGGCCAGGUCACUACCCAACAGGUGAUGUUCAUCAAGACCUGCUCCUGUCACCACAACUGUCCGGGGGAUAAUGAUGUCUUCACCACGGGGCACGGAGGGACGCUGAUAGACAGGGCUUAGAACUCACAGUCCUAUAAUGAUGUGCUCCACACCCAUCCAAUAGACAUCAAUCUUAUUUGUAGCACAAUAAUUGAAUGCAUUUUUUUUCCUGAAUGGAUGCAAAGUUAUAUAUGAGUAUAUAUUUGAGCAUAUUAAUGAAAUGGACAGGAGAAAAUAUUUUGCUAUUUUCUCAAGAUUAUUUUUAAAGUGGAGGGUACUGUUCAGCUGCUUCCAAAACACUUCACUAUAGUCUUACUCUUUUGAAAUUCCUCUGCUGUCACUGCUUCGCAAAUGCAUGUUCUCUACCAUCACCAGUCUAACCAAUCUCAUUCAGUUUCAAUAUUAUGGUGGGUCAAGAUGUACUGUAGAAAUAUUGUUGAGGCCAAAAGUUUACAUACACCUAGGCUAAAGAUAUUCAAACUCAGUUUUUCACAACUCCACACAUUUCAUGUUCCAUACAUUUCUUUUGGCAAGUCAUCUGCUUUGUUCACAUCAGAGGUAAUUUUAAAACAAUCGAUUAAAGACAGAUUUAUUUCAGCUUUAAUUCACUAUAUCAGAAUUCCAGUGGGUCAAAGGUUUACAUACACCAAGUAGACUGUCUCUUUAAACAGUCUGGAAGAUUCCAGAAAUUGAUGUAAUGACUUUUUAGAAGCUUCUGAGUGGCUUUUUUGUCAAUUGUCAUAAUUAGGAGUUAAUUAGCACCUGUGGUUGUAUUUAAGGUCCUAACUUUAGACCCAUUGUCUUUUUGCCCUUGGUACCAUGGGAAUAUCCAAGCAACUCAGCCAAGAAAAAACAUUGUGGACCUCCACAAAUCCAGUUUCUCCGUCGGAGCAAUUUCCAAAACAACUGAAGGUACCACAAGCAUCUGUACAAACAAUUGUAUGCAAAUAUGAAAAUCUUGGGACCACACAGACACUGCAUCGUUCAGGAAGGAGGCAUAAAUUAACUCCCAGGGAUGAACGAACUUUGGUCUGAAAGGUUCAACAGAACCCCAAGACAACAACAGAGGAACUGGUGAAAGAGUUGGAGGCAGUUUUCUCUGGUCAGAUGAAACAAAAAUUGAACUGUUUGGCCAUAAUGAUCAUCGCUAUGUAAGGAGGAAAAAGUAUGAGGCUUUUAAUCCAAAGAACACCAUCCCAACUGUGAAUCACGGGGGUGGCAGUAUCAUGUUGUGUGGGUGUUUGGCUGGAAAAGGGACUGCUGCACUUCAGAAAAUAGAUGGCAUCAUGAGGAAGGAGGAUUAUCUAGAAAUACUGAAGCAACACCUCAAGACAUCAGCUAGAAAGUUAAAACUUGGUUGCAACUGGGUCUUUCAGCAGGACAAUGAUCCUAAGCAUACCUCCAAAGUUGUAACAAAAUGGCUUAAAUACAACAAAGUUUGUGGACUGAAAAAGCGUGUCUGAGCAAGGAGGCCCACAAACCUGACUGAGUUACACCAGUUCUGUCAGGAGGAAUGGACAAAAAUUCCAGAAAAGUAUUGUGAGAAGCUUGUGGAAGGCUACCCCUAGCACUUGAUUCAAGUUAAGCAAUUAAAAGACAAUGCCACCAAAUACUAACAAAGUGUAUGUAAACUUUGGACCCACUGAAAAUCUGAUCUAGUACAUAAAAGCUGAAAUAAAUCUGUCUCUUAACUAUUAUUUUGAAGUUGCGAAAAAUUGAGUUUGAAUGCCUUUAGCCUAGGUGUAUGUAAACUUUUGGUCACAACAUACUGAAUAUUAAGGUUGAGAUCAAUUGCAUUUCAAAUACAGUCAAUUAAAUUAAUUAAUUGAAAUUCAAUUAAUGAAUUAUAAAAUGAUUAUGUAUUACAGUGAGGAUUUUUCAAUUCAUAAAUUGAAUUUUAAUUCAAUGGAAUUAACUCCGCCCUACUGUGUUACUCUGAAGCUGUUGUAGAUAUUGUAUAUAAUUGUGUACAGUUACUAAGUUAAUUUAGACUCUAAUGGAAUGUUUACUUCUUUGAUGUGUUUGCUAAAUUUAUUGGAGUGACAGCUGAGUUUGCCUUACUGCUGUGCUGUUGAAAGUUGUCACCAAGCUUCUAUGUGUUUAAAUAAAAGGAAUAUAUUUUGUUGUAUA